AUGUUUGGGAGACUAUCUGAGGAGAUUGAAAUUAAGGUGGCAGCAAAUGAAGCUUGGAAGAUUUUCGGAGCGCUUGAACUUGGCCAUCUUGCUUUUCAUCAACUCAGUGAUAUAAUUCAUAAAAUGGAGGUAUUAGAAGGCGAUGGGGGUGCUGGUACAGUAAUCAAACUCAGCCUUCCUGGUAAUACGUAUUGCAAAGAAAUAUUUAAGGUCGUUGACCAUAAGAAACGAGUGAAAAUAGCGGAGCUUAUUGAAGGCGGGUUUCUUGAUAUGCGAUUCACAUUUUAUCAAGUUCGGAUUGAAGUGAUUGAGAAUGCAAAGGACGAAAACUCAUGCACGGUCAAAUUCACAAUUGAAUAUGAGGUGAAGGAAGAUGCAGCUGCUAAUGCUUCGCUUGUCACCAUCCGGGCUUAUGUUACUAUGAUGAAUGUUGGCGUGGAUUAUCUUGCUAAGAACAAGAACAAGUCAUUUUUUUAUAAUUAUAAAUAA